AACGUUACUGUCUCACGCACCAGUGCUACCGAGCUAGGCUAUCAGCUAGUCUUCCGAUAUUGUAGCUGAGACGCACCGGCUCCAACAACAUUACGGUGCUGUAUUGAGUCAUAACUCUCUCCAUAAAUUUAAGACAAAGAGCUGUUUCUAAUUGAAGGAACUGAAAUAUAGAUCUUCAAUAAACUAAUUGAAGAUGAUUAAGCUCUUUUCUCUGAAGCAGCAGAAGAAAGACGAGGAAUCUGCUGGAGGAAACAGAACAGGAGCCGGGGGUAAAAAAGCAAGCGCGGCCCAGCUUCGAAUACAGAAAGACAUCAAUGAGCUGAACCUCCCAAAGACGUGCGAGAUCGUCUUCCCCGACCAAGAUGAUCUGCUCAACUUCAAACUCAUCAUCUCACCAGACGAGGGAUUUUACAAAGGGGGAAAGUUUGUCUUCAGCUUUAAGGUAGGACAGGGCUACCCUCAUGAUCCCCCGAAGGUCAAGUGUGAGACAAUGGUGUACCACCCGAACAUUGACCUGGAGGGCAAUGUCUGCCUAAAUAUCUUGAGAGAGGACUGGAAGCCCGUGUUGACAGUAAACUCCAUCAUAUAUGGACUACAGUAUCUAUUUCUAGAGCCAAAUCCAGAGGACCCUUUGAAUAAAGAGGCGGCGGAGGUCCUGCAGACGAACCGACGGCUCUUUGAGCAGAAUGUCCAGCGGUCGCUGCGGGGGGGCUAUGUGGGCGCCACGUAUUUUGAGCGGUGUCUCAAAUAGUUCCUAGCCUAUGUCGCUUUUCUUUUUUCCCCCCAAGAUGCAUUACCGUUUACACAUGCUGAGACACUGACUGACACACAGACUUGAGUGGUCGGGGAGGGAGUGGGUCCAUGGGGCCGGGAGGGGAAGUAUGGGGGGGGGGGUGGGUCCGAAGGUAAAGAUGACAGGUUUGGAUGGUCAGUGAAUGUCGCUCAGAGAAUCGGUAAAUGCCACUAUGCUGAUGCCCACAGUUGUUAUUUUGCGGAGAUAGACAUGCCAACUGAUCCUCCCACUCGUGGACAAGGACAAAAACACACAGACGAGAUAUGCACUUAGACACCUCUUGCUCCCUUUUACAAAAGAAUUGCGUUAUGUUUUGAACGCUAUGCGAGCGCCUCUCGAUUACUAGAGCUCUGAACCUGACGGAUCGCACACAUGCUUGGUGGCAAAACUUAUAUAUAUAUGCGCACGCACACACGCCUCAACAACAUGCCUACUGACACGCAAGGCAUAUGCUAUCACAUGCGCACACGUGUUUCAGACAGGUACACAUCCCAACCCAGAUGCAUAAUACAGGCCAUAGACACACUGGCAGAGGACUGACUGACGGACAGGACAGACGCAGACAUAGAUUGACAGGAUCAGUAAUGCAGGCAGGGCUGUUGUGAUAUUGGGAGAUCUUUUUAGUUUUGUUAUGGUUUUCUGGGUGGGGUGGGCGUUAGAUUUCA